UCAGAAUAUUUUCCUAAUCUCAUCCCAUUGCUUGGACAUGGCUGCUCCGGCGGUGGAAGGAGCGGCCGUGGCGGCGCUCCGGUCGGUAAUGGCGCGGGUCCGUUAUGCGGCGGAGCGGUCGGGUCGCGACCCGGAGCUGAUUCGGGUCGUGGCGGUUUCGAAGACGAAGCCAGUCUCUCUCAUCCGCCAAGUCUACGACGCCGGCCACCGAUGCUUCGGCGAAAACUACGUUCAUGAGAUCCUCGACAAAGCUCCUCAGCUUCCUGAGGAUGUGGAAUGGCAUUUCGUUGGGCAUUUGCAGAGUAACAAAGUCAAAUCUCUUCUCUCUGGAGUACCGAAUCUCAGCAUGGUUGAGGGUGUGCACAACAAGAAGAUUGCAAGUCAUCUUGACAAUGCAGUGUCAAGCUUGGGAAGGAAUCCACUGAAGGUUUUAGUCCAAGUGAAUACCAGUGGAGAAGCAUCAAAAUCCGGCACUGACCCUUCUGGUUCUGUCGAACUCGCAAAACAUGUUAAGUUGCACUGCCCAAAUCUACUCUUUUCUGGUUUGAUGACAAUUGGGAUGCCAGACUACACCUCAACUCCAGAGAAUUUCAGGACGCUGUUGAACAGUAGAACCGAGGUCUGCAAGGCGCUUGGACUGACCGAAGAGCAGUGUGAGCUGUCCAUGGGCAUGUCCGGUGACUUUGAGCAAGCGAUUGAAACGGGCAGCACCAAUGUGAGAAUUGGAUCAACUAUUUUCGGACCAAGAGAAUAUGCAAAGAAACAAUGAAAUUAGUAUCUGGGUCCCUGGUCCCUUGCUGAUUUUGUAUGUACAUGGUUGUAUUCUAUGAAAAACCAUAUCUGAUUUCUUAUUUGCUUCUACAAAGUUGAAUCAAUACAGCAAAAUAAAUAAAGAAAAUACUUG